AUGGGGACGUUUCUCACCUUUAAUCAGCUUCUGGCUUCUGUAUUCGGCGUUAUAUUCAAUCUUUUGUUACUUUAUUUGGUCAAAAAUGCCACCAGUUUGGACAUAAAAGCUUAUUCGAGAUUACUGGCAUUACACUCGUCCGCUGAUCUUCUCUUUGUUCUCAUCUUCACCAUUUGUUCAUUGGUAUGUAUCUAAGACUCUCCUUUAAUGACAUUAUUUUAGAGAGUUGUAACAACUGAUACUCAGCUAUUUGUUGUUGUAACUGGAGUACUGAGCAACUAUGGGCCCACUUUGGGAAGAACAACAAUACUGGUUUACACAAUGAUAUUUAUUCUGGAGAUUACUUUAAUUCCCAUUGAUUAUUUUUACAGAUAUAUGAUGGUAUGCAAGUAAGUUUUAAAACAUACUAAUGUGAAUAGUUUCCAGAAAUAGACAGUUCACAACAUCUAGAUUAAUGUAUUGUGUCUGUGUGUCCAUCGGCUUCGCCUUUAUCCAAACACUGAUAUCAAAUUUUUGUAUUGAAUUCGGACCAAGUCCUGAGAAUUUGCAUUACUGGAAAGUCAUCAACAAAACGUUACAGUAUGAUGUUACCCUACCGUAUGCUGCUUAUGACCCAGUAAGUCCAUAAUAAUCUCUCCAUGCAUUUAGUCAAAUAAAUAUGUCUCUUACAACUUCAUUUCUGCCGUUCUUAUCAUCUCCAUUUCAUACAAUAUCAUUGGUUACUGUACCUUCAAGAUUCGGAAGACCUUAAGGGCCAAUGAGAGGAGCCGAGUGAGAAGAGAAUCCCGCCGGAUCUCGGUCCAGAUUACACGGAUCAUGAUCUUGCAGGCUCUCCUUCCUUGUAUUGUUUUCUGUGCUCCCGCAGCUUUGGUUUGUUCAAGUUUUCUGUUGGGUAUUGAGUUCAAUUCGAUGCAUGAUUUCGUUUGUAUUUCGAUACAUUGGAUGCCUGCCUGUAAGCCCUUGGCCACCAUUUUUAUUGUCCAUCCUUACCGACGAGCAUUCCUUCGAAGAAUUAAUUAUCGAUUGGCGGGUGAAACUACAGUAGUCAGCUCGAACGAAGAGUCCUGUUCCAUCAAGAACACUUACUCCGAACCCAAUGAGAUCUACCUGUGA